UGGCCGCCGCUGGGAGGGAUUUGUCGGAAGGAGGGCUGCAGCUUUACAGCAACAGAGUUUAGACUGUCUUUGCUUCAUCAUCUGAAGGCAAGGUUUUCCAGACCCGGCAGACGGCUCUCCGAGUACAAGAACCAGGGAAUGAGAACUAUUUACACGGACAUUCCUUCUUCCUCAAGCAGUGAGAAGCCUUGGCCACUUGAUUCUGCCCGAUGUUCCUGGGGUUACUGUAAAUAGGAAGGACAGACAGACCUAAACAAGAAUCUCCCCUUUUAGCCCUGGUGGCACAGUGGUAAAAGCACUUGGCGGCUAACGGAAAGGUUUAUGAUUGAAACGUGCCUAUGUAAAGUCACUUUUACCAGAAACUGCAGCCUGGCAGCUGUUUGCGGGUUCAAAUCUUGUUUUUCUGUCAAUACACAGUAUCCUGACCCUUAAGAGUGGAUGAAGAUACCUUACUUGUCUGACUUUGCCAAUUGCUUGAUUUCAAAAUUGAAAAAGGGUGGAAGGAAACAAAAAAUCCUACUAAAAUAUGAACAUCUGAGUGGUUUAUAAUCUAGCAUUGUCGAUAGCUCUAAGCAUCUAACUAAAUAUUCUCCCAAGGAGUGAGUGCCAUGAUAUUGAAGUCACUUUAUUAAAAUCAGUUGUGUCUGCGAAACAGUCAAGAGACUCGGACGCUUACAGCCAGAGAUGACACUGAAUGUGCUUUUGUUGUGGCCCACCAUCUUCAAGUGGGACGUAGUGAUCGAUGAGUGACGCCUGUUGAUAACUUCUCUUCUCACUCAGCUUCGUGGCUUGGACUUCAUUCAGCAAUUUAUCACUUACCUGAAGACUUACUUACAUGUGGGAUUUUUCACAACAAUAGUUUUGGAAUUAUUGCAAGUUGGAUUGAUAUCAUUUAACAGAAACUAACAAAAUCCAACUUACUUUUUCGCCAUGGCUUUGAACGUUGCCCCCGUCAGAGAUACAAAAUGGCUGACGUUAGAAGUUUGUAGACAGUUUCAGAGAGGAACGUGCUCCCGCUCUGAUGAGGAAUGCAAAUUUGCUCACCCCCCAAAAAGUUGCCAGGUUGAAAAUGGAAGAGUAAUUGCCUGCUUUGAUUCCCUGAAGGGCCGUUGUUCAAGAGAGAACUGCAAGUAUCUUCACCCUCCGACACAUUUAAAAACUCAACUAGAAAUUAAUGGGAGGAACAAUUUGAUCCAGCAAAAAACGGCAGCAGCGAUGCUCGCCCAGCAGAUGCAAUUUAUGUUUCCAGGAACACCCCUCCAUCCGGUGCCCACCUUUCCUGUAGGCCCUGCAAUAGGGACAAACACAGCGAUUAGCUUCGCUCCUUACCUAGCGCCUGUAACCCCCGGAGUUGGCUUAGUCCCAACGGAAAUUCUACCCACCACACCUGUGAUUGUUCCUGGAAGUCCGCCUGUCACUGUCCCGGGCUCAACUGCGACUCAGAAACUUCUCAGGACUGACAAACUGGAGGUAUGCAGGGAGUUCCAGCGAGGGAACUGCGCCCGGGGAGAGACCGACUGCCGCUUUGCACACCCUGCAGACAGCACCAUGAUCGACACAAAUGACAACACCGUAACCGUUUGUAUGGAUUACAUAAAGGGGCGUUGCAUGAGGGAGAAAUGCAAAUAUUUUCACCCUCCUGCACACUUGCAGGCCAAAAUCAAAGCUGCGCAGCACCAAGCCAACCAAGCCGCGGUGGCCGCCCAGGCAGCCGCGGCCGCGGCCACAGUCAUGGCCUUUCCUCCUGGUGCUCUUCACCCGUUACCAAAGAGACAAGCACUUGAAAAAAGCAGCGGAGCCGGUGCGGUCUUUAAUCCCAGCGUCUUGCACUACCAGCAGGCUCUCACCGGUGCACAGUUGCAGCAACACGCCGCCUUUAUUCCCACAGAUAAUUCUGAAAUAAUCAACCGAAACGGAAUGGAAUGCCAAGAAUCUGCAUUGAGAAUAACUAAACAUUGUUACUGUACAUACUAUCCCGUUUCCUCCUCAAUAGAAUUGCCACAAACUGCAUGCUAAAUAAAGAUUUAGUUCUUCUGGACAGACCACCAACUCUAAGAAGCUAGUGCUGCUAUAUCAUAUAUGAGUAUUAAAUAUGGUAUGCUUAGUAUAUUCCACCCUAAGAUAGUUAACUACCUGAUACCAGCUGUGAUGUUUAAAGACAUAAAGGGUAAAGUUUACUUUUAAAGGGUUUCUAAACAUAGUUUCUGUCCUAGGAAUAUUGUCUUAUCUCCAUAACUAUAGCUGAUGCAGAAAGUCCCACCAGUUGACUCAUUUCGACUCAGAUGUUCUCAAAUUUAGCAAUAAACAGGUAGCGUGAGUUAGAACACCUAUUCCGAGGACAAUUUCAGUUCCACCUUCCAGUUGCCGUCAUUUCAGUUACCCCCCGAGCGAAGGGUAUGUUUCACUUCUUGGCAAGGUGAAUGCUGCAGCAAGACAAGAAGUGAAGUAAAAGCGAUGACCUGUCCUGCAGGUCUAAAAUUUGAAUGCAAAUUCAAGCACAAGUACAAGGGACACAUCGAAGCGUGGCGUUUGCUUUGCCUGGAGGUGCCGCGUUGAGUCAUGUGAUUCUAGAGUAACAUUAAAUAGAUGGAAAACGAAACUUUGCACAGUAUGAGCUUCAUACCCCACCCAACAAAGUCUUGAAGGUAUUAUUUUACAAGUAUAUUUUUAAAGUUGUUUUAUAAGAGAGACUUUGUAGAAGUGCCUAGAUUUUGCCAGACUUCAUCCAGCUUGACGAGAGCGAGAGGCCUAUGCCAACAGCCUAAUCUAAGGGAUUAGUCUUUCGAACUCACCAUCAGGUUGCCUGUGACAGAAUAACGCUUCUAAACUAAAAACCUAGUCAAACCAGGAAGCUGUAGGUGAGGAGAUCUGUAUAAUAUUCUAAUUUAAGUAAGUUUGAGUUUAGUCACUGAAAAUUUGACUGUGACUUUAAUCUAAAUUACUAUGUAAACAAAAAGUAGAUAGUUUCACUUUAAAAAAAAAUCCAUUACUGUUUUGCAUUUCACAAGUUGGAUUAAAGGGUUGUAACUGACUACAGCAUGGAAAAAAAAUCAUUCUUUUAAUUCUUUCACCUUAAAGCAUAUUUUAUGUCUCAAAAGUAUAAAAAACUUUAAUACAAGUACAUACAUAUUAUAUAUACACAUACAUAUAUAUACUAUAUAUGGAUGAAACAUAUUUUAAUGUUGUUUACUUUUUUAAAUACUUGGUUGAUCUUCAAGGUAAUAGCGAUACAAUUAAAUUUUGUUCAGAAAGUUGGUUUUAAAGUUUAUUUUAAGCACUAUCGUACCAAAUAUUUCAUAUUUCACAUUUUAUAUGUUGCACAUACCCUAUACAGUCCCUACAUAGUUUUUAAAUUAUUGUUUUAAAAAAAAAACAGCUGUUAUAAAUGAAUAUCAUGUGUGAUUGUUUAAAACAUCCAUUUUCUUUGUAAACAUAUUAGUGAUUGAAGUAUUUUGACUUUUGAGAUUGAAUGUAACAUAUUUUAAAUUUUGGCGUCACUGCCUGUUCUGAAAACUAAAUGCACCAACCAUAUCAUUCUUUGAGAAAAACGGAAUCUGCCAUUUUAUUCAUGUUGGUCGAAGUCGAAUUACUAUCUAUCUUAUAUCAUAGAUUUGAUCACCCUAUCAAAGAAAAUCAUGUUUUAAGUGUAAUCUUACAUAGUACUUGUAUCGUUGCAUUAGUUCUAAUUUGUGGAAAAGUAUUGUAUCUAACUCGUAUUACUUUGGUAGUUUCAUCUUUAUGUAUUAUUGAUAUUUGUAAUUUUCUCAACUACAACUUUUUUUUAUAACAAUGUAGUUAUGCUACAACUUGCCUAAAGCAUUCAAACUUAUUUUCUUUUCUCUUGUUUCCUUUGUUACUAACUAUUCAUUUAAACUCCUUGAAACAUAGUAUACAUUACUAAAAGGUAAAUUAUGGGAAUCACUGAAAUAUUUUUGUAGGCUAAUUGUUGUAACAUUGUCUUUCCUUUUUUUGUUUCCUGAUUUUAACUUUAAAAAUUGUUAGCACAUGACUAUUUUCAGCCCUUUAAUAAUGGACACCAUCCUCAAAGGCAUCGCCUGCAUCCCCCAGCAAAUAGAGAAGACUGUAUUUUUCCUAUGAUAUCCAUUUUCCAGAAUUGUGAUUAUAAUAUGCAAAGUCAUAAAUAUGCCAUUUACAGUAAGGAGGAGGUAAGGCAAAUACAUAGAUGUACAAAUAUAUGUACAACAGAUUUUGCUUUUUAUUUAUUUAUAAUGUAAUUUUAUAGAAUAAUUCUGGGAUUUGAGAGGAUCUAAAACUAUUUUUCUGUAUAAAUAUUAUUUGCCAAAAGUUUGUUUAUAUUCAGAAGUCUGACUAUGAUGAAUAAAUCUUAAAUGCUUUGUUUAAUGACAAAAUCAAAAUCACCAAUAUCCAAGACACAAAGGUAUCAAUUCAACAAACACUGUAGCUAAGAGACUGAAUCUCCACUUGUACGGGAACUACAUUUCACUCUUGGUUUUCAGGACGUAACAGCACUUCACCAAAAUAUUCUUUCAGCCAUACCACUGGUAACGUUUCUACUAAAUCCUUCUGUAACACUUACAGAAUUCCCUCAUUCAUUACCUUACAGUGUAAACAGGAGUCUAAUUUGUAUCAAUUCUAUGUUUUGGUUGUAAUAUUCAGUUCACUCACCCAACGUGCAACCAAUGAAAUAAAAGAAGCAUUUAAAACGA